AUAAAUACUUAGGUGUUGCUGAGAGUCUGGCCCAGUGACUUAGACCUUGAGAGCUGGCGUUGGUGCAGUGGCUGGCUGAACUCUGACCACCAUGGCCUUGGCACGAGCCAGCAGCCCCCGGGAGGCGUUGCUCUGGGCCUUGAAUGAUCUCGAGGAGAGCAGUUUCAAGACGCUGAAGUUCCACUUACGGGAUAUGACCCAGUUUCAUCUGGCCCGAGGGGAACUGGAGGGUCUGAGUCGGGUGGACCUAGCAUCAAAACUGGUUUCAAUGUAUGGAGCCCAGGAAGCCGUGAGAGUUGUGAGCAGGAGCUUGAGGGCCAUGAACUUGAUGGAACUGGUGGACUACCUCAGCCAGGUUUGUCUGAAUGAUUACAGGAAAAUCUACAGAGAGCACGUGCGCUGCUUGGAGGAGAGGCCGGAUUGGGGUGUUAACUGCAGCCGCAACGAGCUGCUCCUGGUGGCCAUGUCCAGUCCAGGGAGUCCUGGAUCACCUUCCUGUUCGGACUUGCAACAGGAGUUGGAUCCAAUCAGGAUGGAGGCUUUAUUUGCUCCGGAGGCGGAGUCCUACUCAGCCCCGCCCACAGUCGUGAUGCAAGGAUCUGCAGGCACCGGGAAGACAACACUGGCCAAAAAACUGGUGCAGGACUGGGCCAAAGGGACCCUGUAUCCAGGCCGUUUCGAUUACGUUUUCUAUGUGAGCUGCAGAGAAGUGGUCCUGUUGCCCAAGUGUGACCUGCCCAGCCUCAUCUGCUGGUGUUGCGGAGAUGAUCAGGCCCCAGUCUCGGAGAUUCUGAGGCAACCUGAGCGGCUCCUGUUCGUCCUGGAUGGCUAUGACGAGUUACAGAAGUCCAGUCGUGCGGAGUGUGUACUGCACAUUCUCAUUAGGAGAAGGGAGGUACCAUGCUCCCUCCUCGUCACCACUCGGCCGCCGGCUUUGCAGAGUCUGGAACCCAUGCUGGGUGAAAGGCGACAUGUCCAUGUCUUAGGCUUCUCUGAGGAGGAGAGGAAGAAUUAUUUCAACUCCUAUUUUACGGAUCAGGAGCAAGCGAGAAAUGCCCUUGAGUUUGUGCGAAACAAUGAUGUUCUCUACAAAGCAUGCCAGGUUCCGGGCAUUUGCUGGGUGGUCUGCUCCUGGCUGGAGAGGAAGAUGGCAGGAGGCCAGGAAGUCUCAGAGACACCUAACAAUAGCACAGAUAUCUUCACUGCUUAUGUGUCCACCUUCCUGCCCACUGAUGGCAAUGGGGACAGCUCUGAGCUCAUCCGGCACCGGGUCCUGAGGAGUCUGUGCAGCUUGGCAGCUGAGGGCAUCCAGCACCAGAGGCUGCUGUUUGAAGAAGAUGUCCUCAGAAAACACAGCUUAGAUGGCCCCAGCCUUACCGCCUUCCUGAACAGCACUGACUACCGCGAGGGACUUGGCGUCAAGAAGCUCUACAGCUUUCACCACGUCAGCUUCCAGGAAUUUUUCUAUGCCAUGUCCUUCCUUGUGAAGGAGGACCAGAGUCAGCUGGGGGAGGCAACCCGCAGAGAGGUGGCAAAGCUGGUGGAGAAGGAAAGCUCUGAGGAGAUGACCCUCAGCCUACAGUUCUUGUUUGACAUGUUGAAAACAGACAGCACUUUGAGCCUGGGGCUGAAGUUCUACUUCAGAAUUGCUCCCUCUGUAAGGCAGGAAUUGAAGUAUUUUAAAGAACAAAUAGAAGCCAUAAAGUACAACAGGUCGUGGGAUUUGGAAUUCUCUCUCUAUGAGUCUAAAAUAAAGAGGCUCACACAAGGUAUCCAGAUAAAAGAUGUCACCGUCAAUAUACAACAUUCAGAUGAAAAGAGACCUGACAAGAGUAGGCUGUUUUCAGUAAAAAGCAGCUUUGGAAAGGGGCGGGUACAAAGUCCUCUCUUGAAAACCAAUACUAGCAUGAAGAAACAAAAGGGGGCUUCUAAUUGGAAAAGCAGAGGGGCAGAGGAGUCUGCCCAGAUGGUUAAAAACAGUAGGCUGUCACGUACAGAAAAGGGGCAUAUGGAGAUAAAGGGUCAGGAGGGUGGUGGGGUGGAGGGGCAGGAGGAUGGGGAAGGACAGAGAGUUAAAAAGGAUGGAGAGCUGAGAGAUCAGGUGAAUGGGUACCAGAGAGAGUGAAGGACACAGCGACAAACAGAAGAGGGAAUCACAUAAUCAAAGAUCAGAGGACUCACAUAGCAUGUGCAAUGGCUCAUUGGAAGCAGCCAGCCUUUACCAUGGGUAUCUAAAGUUUAGUUAGGUAGCAUCUCUCCUGCUAGGAGCUGGCCAGUACCUCUUGUGGUGUGAAGUCACUUUAAGUAGCCUCUUCUAUGCUUAAUCAAUGACUAAGACUUUUAAAUCUGCUAUUAGGGUCUUUUUUAAAUAAAAUAAACUGUUUAAAUUAAUAGAGCGAGAAUCAUAUGCGUUCCGUAAAAUGUGGGCACAUACAGAACACACCUGUGCUGGGCACAGUGGAAAGUCCUGUUGACUCUGUAUUUGUGUUUCACUGUGGCUUAAAUAAAGACUAGCUUCUGA